GUGUGUCUCUGGCUGUGAUCGCGCGCAGACCGGCGAGAGUGUGUUAGCGUUAGCGCCGCUAACGUGACAGAGGAGGUUUCAACAGGCUGUCGCGCGUUUCUCCGUUAUUAAACUCAUAAUCCCGCCGGCAGAGUUCGCUGCAGUGAAGCGGUGAAUCUCUGGUAUCGCCAGGCAGACGUCAGCAUGUUUAACCCUCACCAGCAGCAGCAGCAGCAGCAGUUUCAUCAGCAUCUGCGGCAGCUACAGCAGCUGUUCCAGCAGCAGACGCCUCCUCCACCUCCUCCUCCACCGCAGCCUCCGCCCGCCCAUCACAUCACACACGCACGGUCCAUGGCGGUUCCCGCUCCUGCGCCUCCAUCUGCGCGCAUGGUGAACCUGUGCUCCGCCACGCAGACCAUCAUCGCCCCCAACCCCAUGCUGCAGGGGGCGCUGCUCAUGCAGCAGAUGCAGGCGGGCGGCAUGCGUGGCUUUGCGAUGGGAGGCCAGCAGUUUCCUCAGUUCUUCACUGCGGGGUCCAGAGCGUCUCUUCUGGGGCCCGUUCCGAUGGGGGUCGCCAUCAAAACCCCACACAUGGGAUUCCAGCGGCACUUCGCGCCACACACACGCUAUUUCACCAAUGAGUUUCAGGCUCGUCAGCCGGACAGAAAGAGAGAAAACGAGCAGAAAGCUGUGGGCAGCAGCGACAGCCAAUCAGAGGCCAGCAGCAGCAGAGCAGAUGAAGCGUCCGCUGCAGGCGACCCGGGAUCUCAGGAGUCUUCAGAGCAGCCCGACGAACCAGCGGCCAAGAAACACAAAACACAAGAGUCAGAGGAGCCUGUGGAGACAGAAUCAGCUCAGAGCGCUGAAUAUAAGAGCCCGGGUCCUGCAGAGCUCACGCUGCAGGAGGGAGGCGGCGUGGACGGAGCGCUGGCCGCUGAAGCGGAUGAAGCGAGUCAAGCGGCUGAGCAGGUUGAAAGCACAGAAGCUCCAGAUAAAGACGUGGAGCCGCAGGUCAGCGACGGUCCAGACGACGCCACAGGCUCCGAUUCGCUCCCUGAGAUCAAGGAGACCACAGACGCUCCCGAGGAGGUCAAAGACGCAGCGGCAGAGACCUCCAACAAGUUCUUCUGCUAUAUUUGCAACAUCACUUGUCAUAACCAGCAAAAUUUCCAGAGCCAUAUGAACGGACUGACGCACCAGCAGAAGAUGAUGGAGAUCCAGCACAUGAGCAACGCGUGUCUCGUCACGCUGCUGCCGCGAGUCCAGGAGUCCCUGCAAGGAGCUCGCCGAGACGGUGAGAAGAGGCCGGGUCUGCAGAGAUGGUGCUCCACCUGCCAGACGCACUUCACCACCAACGUCAUGGAGCAUCGCAGAACCAAGGAGCACAAGCGCUGUAGCCGCUCGUCCAGCUCCAGCUGCACCGUCUGUAAGCUGCACUUCAGGACUCACAGAGAGUUUGUGGAGCACAUGCAGUCGACGGAGCACAAGCAGCGAGUCGAGCAGCUGUGGAAGGAGCCGGAUCUGAUGAACGCUGACAUGUUUCUGGGUGAAGAGGACGGCGAGUGCAGCGACGACGAGAGGGAGGAAGAGGAGAACGGGAAGGAGGGCUUGUCUGCGCAGAUGGAGGUCACACUCGAGGAUCUGACCGAAGACGAGGAGUUCGACUCGGACACGGUGUACGGCUCGAGUUUCGUGGUGCCCGUGGCUGGUUUUCUGUGUCGUCUCUGUAAUCAGUUCUAUCACUUUGAGUCUUCGGCUCGACACACACACUGCAAGACGCUCAAACACUUCCAGAGUCUCAAGCGUUACAAAGCCUUAAAGAAGCACGAAGACUCCGGCUCAACCUCAGCAGAACCAGCAGACCACAUCAGUCCGGAUCAAACCGCUCUCCUCCCGAAACCAGCCCCGCAGACCCUACAGUCCUGCAGCAGUACCUCACAUCCCAGCGCCAGCAGCAGCCACGCACAGGAAGUGCAGCCGCUCACACAGGAAGUGCAGCCGCUCACACAGGAAGUCCAUACACUCACCCAGGAAGUCCAGCCGCUCGCACAGGAAGUCCAGACACUCACACAGGAAGUCCAGACACUCACACAGGAAGUCCAGCCGCUCGCACAGGAAGAAGCCGUCGCCGUGGAGCCGGAGCCGGAGCCGGAGCCGGAGCCGGAGCCGGAGCCGGAGCCGGAGCCGGGGCCCGAGGGGAAGAGCAGCCGGGGCCGGGGCAGGACUCCUGCUAAGAGACGAGGACGAGGAGCGAGACGACGCUGAGACACACAGAACUGUAUCUGCCUCAGAGGACCUUAGUGAAAGCACCCGCUGUAGACCGCUCCGCCGGGUUUGUGCCACAGAUUUAGCCUCUGACCCUGCUUGCCAUGAGCACACGGACCUCAGACGAAGGGAAUGAUGGGAUACGCUGCUGGAGCGCGUGACUCCAUCAAAACAUGUUCAGCUCAGAGUUCAGCCCAAAACCAACAAGAUGUACAUCCAUACUCACCAUGACAAUUCAAUCUCAGUCCAAAAUAGGUCUUUUAAAGCAAUUUUUCAGCAUUUUAUAUAUAUAUAAUCUAUUUUAGAUUUUAUUUGGUCUUGUUUCCAGCCCAGAUAUCUAAAAAUCUUAAAUCAAGAAGGAUUUUCUAGACAAGUAGAAAUGAAGUAGAAAUUUUGACUUUGAAGAGUUUUUGCUUAGAACAAGCUAAAUAAUCUGCCAAUGAUGUAAGCAAAAUAAUGUUAUUUCAGACAGAAAACAAGAUUAUUUUGCUUGUUUCAAGCAAAAACUCACUUCAUUUUGACUUGUUUUUUCUGGAAACAAGACAAUCAUUUUUACUGGUCUAGAAAAUCCUUCUUGAAUAUAUAUAUAUAUAUACACACACACACACACACACACACAAUUUUCAGCGCAUUUAUAAUUGAUAUCUUCAUACAUAUAAUUUAUACACACACACACAUAUAUAUAUAUAUAUAUAUAUAAUUAUAUCUAUUUUUUACAUAUAUAAUUAUAUUAUUACAAUUAUAUUUAAUAAAUAUGCUGAAACGAUUAUUUUAGGACCAUUAUUUAUUUAAUUUUCAUUUUAAUUAUGAUAUCAUUUAUCAUAAUUGCACACCUUCUCCCCAAUUCUGUUACUGUAAUCUGAAAUAUUAUCCUCAUUACUGCAAAGCAAAAUGGCAUUAUUGCAAAACAGUUGUUCCACUGAAUUUAAUGAAUGCGGCUUUUAAUCUUAAAAAAAUAGUGUGUAGACAGAAUGAUUUUGCAUUACACUAAUAUUACACUAAUAUUACCUUUGGGGGGAAAAUGUGCUGAAUUGUCAUGAAAAUUAUGUCACAAUGUGAAACAUAUUAAGAGUUGUGAUGUUUGGUUUUGGUGCUGUUUUCUGAGACUGACUCGAGAAUGUAGCAGCACUCAAACACGCUUCAUAAACCUGCAAACCAGAAGACCCUGACACACACACACACACACACACACACACACACACACACACACACACACACACACACACACACACACACACACACACACACACACACACACACACACACACACACACACACACACACACACACACACACACACUGAAGCGUCCGAGCGACGGUUUGCUGUCUGAUGCACACAGGUGAUGUUUCUCUUCAUGACUCUGUUCCCGGGUCCAUGGCUUACUUCUGUUAGCGGUUCUAGUUUAGCAAACGGUUCCUUUCUGCCUUCAGUGAAACACAUGUUUGUACGGCUGAUUGUAUUCUGGACAAUCUCACAAAGAAAGAAAGAAAGAAGGAAAUUAUAUUUUGCAUACAGAAAAUGAAGCCAAUUCUUAGGACUUUUAGGGGUUUUCUAUUGUGACAUUAUUUUCAUGACAAUUAAGCACAUUUUGACCUCAUUCUCAUUACUUAAAAAAAAAUUAAAAACAAUAAUUAUAUAGUGUAAUAUUACAUUAAACUGUAACUGAUAUUCCAGGAGUGAGAAUCACCUUUGACUAUAGUGACGAUUAAUAAACUAAUACAAGCUAAAACAUCUGAAUGCUUUAUAUAUAUAUAUAUAUAUAUAUAUAUAAAGUGUGUGUGUGAAAAGUGUAUUAUAUACUAUAUGUUUGAUAUAUAAUGUUUAUAUAUAUAUAUAAUUUUCAUCAUGAUAAGAAUUUGGGAUUAAAAUGUGCAUAAUUAGCAUGAAAACGAGAGUUCAAAAAGUAUUGGUGGGACCUAAAUAUGCUUCCUUUUUGUGUAAAACUUUAUUUCUUUUUUCUUCUUUGUAUUCAGGAGUGAAGUCUGACCUGGACAUGUUUGUGAGAUUCUUAGGUUUGUUUUGUUGAUUUGAUCUGCUGUUUGUGGCAGUUCUGCAUCAGAGGAGUGCUGAUUAUAACGGCAUUAGCGUGUGGGAGUUCUGAACGUUGUUUUUGAGUUGAUUUGUGUUAUUUUGUUGUACACUGGAAACAUCAGCAGGAAUCUGUGCUGAUGCAGAAGCACUGAGCAGCUUUUAUCUGACGCCGUUACUGCUGUUCUCCACCAAACCCUUCUUCCUGCAUACAGCGUCACGCCGCAUUUCACCCCGAAACAGACAUCUCAGAAAAUGAAGCCAAUUGUGGGUUUUGUUUGUUUUUUUUGCAAUUGUUGGACCAUAAAGAUUUUUUCUCGCAUUGUCACAUUAUUUACAUGCAUGACAAUUAAACACAUUUUUACUUUUUUUUUUUUCUCAUUCAACUUUUUUUUUUUUUUAUUACUGUAAUGCUGUAUUUUUAAUCACAGGCAGUGUAACAAUACAACCUAGAUGCAUAAAUACUUUGUAUAAGCGUAUAUAUAUGUAAUAAUAAUUAUUAUUAUUAUUAUUUGGUUUUGGGGUGAAAUGUGAGCAAGUCCUGUUCUCUUUGAAAGGAAGAUAUGCAUGUGAUCAGAUCUGGAACUCAUUUUGAAAUCGUUUCCAUACUGUAUUCAGAUUACAGUGUAAUGCAGUGAUUACCGCUGCUGCUGCUGCUGCUGCUUCGUUUGAUUUGUCAUUGCCAGAAUAAUGUUGGAAAUUGAAUUUUUCAUGUUUCUUAUGGAAGAAAACCAACCAUCCAGUUUUUUUUUUAGAAAACCAGCCAUCAAACUGGUUCCCAGUAGCCAGGUUAGCAAGACCAGCUUAAACCAGCUGAGACCAGCAAACCACUUCAGGCUGGUUUAAACUGGUCUUCAGCAGGAGAUGUUGAAUGUUCGUCUUUAAUGGCUGAUUGAGGACUGAUUUGGCUGUUGUGGAGCUCCAUCAUGGACUGCUGAUUCUGAUUCUGAGCAGAUGAUGUGUUUUGAAAGAGGAGGACUUUAAGGCAAGCUAAUCAUAAACCCAACAGUCAGAUCAGAGCCAUGUUUCAUAUCCAGUUUUUAUUCAACAGCUGACAAACUGAACAGAACCAGUGUUUUAUAGCUGCUGAGCUUCAUGUUUUUCCAAUGUUUGUUUGCUGCAUUUGGCUCAUUUUAAUUUCUAUUAAAAUAUUUGAUGAUUAUGA